AUGAAAUUCAGAAUAGACAUAGGAACAAAGUGCAAUAUCAUUGUCUCUCACCAGUAUCACCAGAGUAAAUUAACGGGAGUGAAAAGCCAAUCAAACAAACUUUUGCGCUCAUUCACAAACCAUACUAUCCGUCCAGAGUUUCACGUGCAACUACCACUCAGGAACGAAGACACUAACAUUCAAGCUGAGUUCGAAAUAGUUGACAUUCAUCAGGAAAACGUGAUCACAGGAAUAACAGCUGAACGCCUCAAUCUCAUACAGAGGAUGAAUCCUGUUAAAAUGUCCGACUUUACAACAACGGAUCAGUUCAACGACUUUCCAGAACUGGUGAAAACAACUGGCACUCUACCAGGAGUACACAAGAUCAAGAUUGACCCUCAGGCCAAAGGAGUAGCUCACCCAGUCAGAAGACAACCUGCAUCACUCAGACCACUGAUCACCGAAAAACUGAGAGAGAUGGAGGAGAAUGGAUUCAUAACCCGAGUCAGUAAACCUACACCUUGGGUCAGUUCUAUGGUCGUCAGCCUAAGAAACAGCAAAGUCCGCAUAUGCAUAGACCCGAAAGACCUGAAUGAAGUUAUCCUCAGGGAACAUCAUCCUAUGAAAACCAUAGACGACGUUGUUUCAGCCAUUCCAAACACGAAAGUUUUUUCAGUGCUUGAUGCUAAGUCCGGAUUUCUGCAGAUCAAACUGGAUGAGGAAUCAAGUUUUCUCACGACCUUCAACACUCCUAUAGGACGUUAUCGAUGGCUGAGGCUACCCUUCGGCAUUAAGUCGGCGCCAGAGAUCUACCAAAGAAUCAUGGACGAGAUGCUAGAAGGCAUAGAUGGCACGUUUGCCAUAAUGGACGACAUCCUUAUUGCAGGACGAGACACAACACAUCAUGACAGCAUUUUACACAAAGUAAUUGAGCGAGCAACGGCGUUCAACCUGAAAUUAAACUUUGAGAAAUGCAAAGUAAGACAGACGGAGGUGCCUUAUGUUGGCCACAUCAUAACGGCGGAUGGUCUUCGUCCAGAUCCAGAAAAGGUCAGAGCAAUAAAGGGGAUGCCACCACCAACGGACAAGGAGGGAGUGAAACGAUUUCUAGGCAUCGUGCAGUAUCUUAGUAAAUUUAUCCUUAGCAUGAGUCAAGUAGACGCAGCGAUCAGAUGCCUCCUGAAAUCAGAUACAGCAUUCAGAUGGGAACAUGAACAGCAAUCAAGUUUUGAGCAGUUGAAAAAACUCUGUAUUUCCUCACCUACAUUAGGAUUCUAUGAUGUCAACAAAAACAUUGAAAUUCAAUGUGAUGCCUCGAGAGAUGGACUCGGAGCAGUUCUUGUACAGAAUAACAGACCAAUUGCAUAUUCAUCUCGUGCGCUCACUGACACAGAAAAGCGAUAUGCCCAGAUAGAAAAGGAGAUGCUCUCCAUCGUGCAUGCUGCUACCAAAUUUCAUCACUACAUAUUUGGUAAACGUGUUACAGUCUACAAUGACCACAAACCUUUGGAGCAGAUCUUCAAGAAACCAUUACUAUCUACGCCUAUGCGACUACAGAAAAUGCACUUUCGCCUCCAAUGGUAUGAUCUUGAUGUGAAAUAUCGCAGAGGGAAAGACAUGACUGUAGCAGACGCACUCUCUAGAGCCUACUUACCUGAAGCUAAGUCCGAACUUGACAUGUGUGACAUCAAGGCUUUUGAUCUCCUAUCUGUGAGCAAGCAAAAACAAACAGAAAUCGCAAAGUACACUAAAGCGGAACUAGAGGCAUUGUACCAGAUAAUUGUUGAUGGUUGGCCAGACACCAGAGACCAAGCACCUGUCAGCACACACAUUUUCUGGAACUCGCGAGACGAGUUAUCUGUUAUGGACGGUAUCAUUUUCAAAGGAAUGAGGAUCGUCAUUCCACCAAGUCUUAGACCGCACAUGCUUGAACUUAUUCAUCAAUCUCAUUUGGGGAUAGUCAAGUGUAAGCAGAGAGUUCGUGAAGUCGCUUACUGGCCCGGUAUGAAUUCCCAGAUCGAGGAAACCGUGCGCAAUUGCUCAAAAUGUGCAACCUUUCAGAACAAACAAACCCCAGAACCUCUUAAGCCAACACCAGUACCAGAACUACCAUACCAAGUAGUAGGAUGUGAUCUGUUUGACUUUCAGUCCAAAAAGUACCUCAUCUUAGUGGACUACUUUCCACACUAUGUUGAUGUAGUUGAGCUGAAAUCUCCGUCAACCACCUCAACGCUGGAAGCUAUGAAGUCAGUGUUUUCUUGUCAUGGAAUACCUAGACAACUACGGUCAGAUAAUGGACCUCAGUUCACGUCACAGCAGUUCAAAUCAUUCUGUCGAGUGUACGACAUCGAACAUAAGACAUCAAGCCCAAACUUCCAGAGCUCCAAUGGGGAAGCUGAACGAGCCGUUCAGACAGUUAAACGUCUUUGGCGGAAAACGGAUGACAAAUAUUUAGCACUACUAGACUAUCGUACGACACCUUUGGAAGGUAUUAACCUGUCACCAGCUCAGCUACUGAUGAACAGAAGACCACGUAACACAAUGCCAGCUUCAACAGAAGUACUGAAGCCUACCGCUUAUCAUGACAACACAGUUAAAGCCCGUAUGAAGCUGAACAAAGCCAAUCAGAAAAAAACACUUUGA